GACUACAGCUCCCGCCGUGCCCCGCGCGGCUGCGCCCGGAGCGGUCGCGGAGCAGCAAGAGCCAUCCCCGCUGCCCCCCUUCUCGCAGCGGCUGUCGCGUCUACGCCAGUCCCCGGCUUCGCUCGCGGCCUACCCCGGCUCCUAGGUAUGGCGCGGCCCCUUGUGCCCAGCUCGCAGAAGGCGCUGCUGCUGGAGCUGAAAGGGCUGCAGGAGGAGCCCGUGGAAGGGUUCCGGGUCAACCUGGUGGACGAGGGGGACCUCUACAACUGGGAGGUGGCCAUCUUCGGCCCCCCGAACACCUACUAUGAGGGCGGGUACUUCAAGGCUCGUCUCCGGUUUCCCAUCGACUACCCCUAUUCUCCUCCUGCCUUUAGGUUCUUAACCAAAAUGUGGCACCCCAAUAUCUACGAGACCGGCGAUGUCUGCAUCUCCAUCCUCCACCCGCCGGUGGACGACCCGCAGAGCGGGGAGCUGCCGUCCGAGCGGUGGAACCCCACCCAGAACGUGCGGACCAUUCUCCUGAGCGUGAUCUCGCUGCUGAAUGAACCCAACACAUUUUCUCCAGCCAAUGUGGAUGCCUCCGUGAUGUACCGCAAGUGGAAGGAGAGCAAAGGGAAGGACCGGGAGUACACGGACAUCAUCAGGAAGCAAGUCUUGGGCACAAAGGUGGAUGCUGAGCGCGAUGGUGUGAAGGUCCCCACCACACUGGCAGAGUACUGUGUGAAGACCAAGACUCCAGCCCCAGAUGAGGGCUCAGACCUCUUCUAUGAUGACUAUUAUGAGGAUGAUGAGAUGGAGGAGGAAGCAGACAGCUGUUACGGUGAUGAGGAUGACUCUGGCAAUGAGGAAUCUUGAUGGCCAUCUGGCACUGCAAAACUUACUAUAAACUACUGAAUUUUACCUCAACUAGGACAAACUGGUUUGAAUUUAGGAUCUGUCAGCCCUGAAAUUAACUCUCUACCUCGCAGGGAGACUGUUCUGCUGUUGCAAAGGAAAUCCCACUGCUGUCUUUGUAGAAAAAGCAAAAAACAAAACCAAA